ACGAGAUCCUCGCACCGGGGAGGAGAUCCAGGAUUUCUGAAGAGGGGAACUGCGAGACAUCAGCCACACAACUCGACCACCAUGGAGACACUCGGGGUCCCUCUUUUGCUGUUUUGGCUCAUGUGGGGCCACUCCUGCGCUGUCGGCGGAAAAGUGAAUAAGCACAAGCCGUGGAUUGAGGCGUCUUACCACGGUGUGAUCACAGAGAACAUGGACACAGUGCUGCUGGACCCGCCGCUUGUAGCUCUGGACAAGGACGCCCCAGUUCCCUAUGCUGGAGAGAUUUGUGCCUUCAAGGUGUACGGCCAAGAUGCUCCGUUCGAGGCUGUGGUGUUGAAUCGCACAUCAGGAGAAGGAGUGGUGAGGGCGAGCAGCCCUGUGGACUGUGAGAGCCAGAAGGAGUACACCUUCAUCAUCCAGGCCUACGACUGUGGGGCCGGAGCCAGCGGGGCCGACUGGAAGAAAUCUCACAAGGCGGUGGUUCACAUCCAGGUGGAUGACGUCAACGAGUUCAGCCCUGUGUUUCGAGAGCUGCUCUACAAGGCAUCAGUAACAGAAGGAAAGAUCUAUGACAGCAUUUUACAGGUGGAAGCUUGGGACCAAGACUGUUCACCACAGUACAGCCAGAUCUGCAACUAUGAGAUUGUCACUGCAGGGACGCCAUUUGCCAUAGACCGCAAUGGUAACAUCAGAAACACAGAGCGGCUGAGCUAUGACAAGCAGCAGAGCUACAAGAUCAUGGUGACGGCCUUUGACUGCGGCCAGAAGAAAGCAAAGGAUGUGGCGGUGCAUAUUGAUGUCAAGCCUGUUUGUAAACCCGGAUGGCAAGGUUGGAACAAGCGGGUGGACUAUGAGCCAGGUACUGGGAGCAAACAGCUGUUUCCCAAGAUGCACUUGGAGACGUGUGGAGGUCCCCUGUCUGGCGUGAAGGCGAUGGUGGAGCUGCAGACAAAUCACAUCGGGAAGGGCUGUGACCGGGAAACAUACUCAGAGAAGUCUCUGCAAAAACUCUGUGGUGCAGCAUCAGGCAGCACUGACCUCCUUCCUGCCCCCGGCCCAUCCACAAACUGGACGGCGUCUCUGCUGACUGACAGCGGCCGAGAGAGCGACCUCAUCUAUCGAUUCGACGGUCAUCAGGCUGCUAAUGUUCCGGAUCACGUGGUGCCCCAAAACCUGACAGACCAGUUCACUGUAGCUACGUGGAUGAAACAUGGGCCCAGUCCUGGACUAAGAGCUGAGAAAGAAACUUUACUGUGCAACUCCGACAAGACAGAAAUGAAUCGCCACCAUUACUCUCUGUAUGUUCACAACUGUCGCCUGGUGUUCCUGCUGAGGAGAGAUUUCACUCAGAUCGACACUUUCAGACCUGCAGAGUUCCACUGGAAACUGGAGCAGAUCUGUGACAAAGAAUGGCACUAUUAUGUGAUCAACGUUGAGUUCCCUGCAGUCACUCUGUUCGUGGACGGUGUGACCUAUGAGCCCUACCUGGUGACGGAUGACUGGCCGAUCCACACAGCAAAGAUUGAUACGCAGCUGACUGUGGGCGCCUGCUGGCAAGGUGGUGAGGUCACGACCCCGAGGUUCACCCAGUAUUUUCACGGCAGCCUGUCAGGUCUGACAAUCCGACCGGGCCGCAUCGAAACCCAGAAGGUUAUCUCUUGUUUGCAGGCGUGCAAAGAAGGUCUGGAUAUCAACUCCCUGGAGAGCCUCGCUAAGGACAUCAAGUUCCACUUUAACCCAGCCCAGUCUGUGCUGGUGGUGGAGGGAGAGGAUGUGGACAGCAUCAACACAGCUAUGACCAAAGUGUCCUAUAUCAACUCUCGCCAGUUCCCCACGCCGGGGCUCAGACGUGUGCACAUCACCACCUCAGUGCAGUGUUUCGGGGACGACACAUGUCUCUCCAUUCCAGACAUCAAGUCAGUAGUCAUGGUCCUGCCACCCAGUGAACCCAGAAUCACCCUCGUAGGAUCUAAUCGACUCGUCAGGCCUGCUGGUGACCUGCGGGGCCCGCUGGGUGUGGCCCCCUUCAAGGAACUUCACAUCACCAGCACAGUGAUGAAGGGAGACAGCUUUGGUGGCUCCCGCAGACCAGGUGUGACGGAGGUGAUGCAUAACCUGGACUACUGCGAUGUGCUGGUCAUCGGGGAAGAGCUCAAUCCUGAGAGAGAAAGUCUGGAGAUUCAUCACAGUGCUUUACUGGGAAAACACCUGGAUGCCACCAACUCCACCUCUGGAAUAUCUAUAUACGGUGUGGACUCCAUGGUCCACUAUGAGCAGGCGCUCAGACAGCUGCGCUACAGGAACUGGCGUCCGGCCACCCUGAGCAACAGAAGAUUUAGACUCAUCUGCUCCGAACUCAACGGACGUUACACAAGCAACGAGUUGAAUUUGGAGGUCAGCGUUCUGCACCGGUCAGCACCUGUGGAACAUGUCAAUCACAUGGCUGCUCAACCUCAGUACCUGAGACCUGUCCAUCACCCGCUCAUGAUACACACUCUCAACUCACACAUGUCAGGAUCAGCCCCUCCAGCAGCCACAGUCGUAAUUGUUGUCUGUAUCGCCGCACUGGUGGUGAUUGUAGUGAUUGGCGUUUACAGGAUCCAUGCCACACAUCAGGAAGGGUCCAGAGAAGAUGAAGAGGGCAUCAAAGAUCCUGAGGAAGACUGGAACAACUCUGCCCUCACUAUAACCAUCAACCCCAUGGAGAAUGUACGAGGAGCUCAGGCGCUUGAUGAAGAAGUAAAAGAAGACGAACAUGAGGCGGAGGAGGAGGAAGAAGAGGAGGAGGAGGAGGAACGUGUGGGAGGAAUGACAAGUGCUGAGUCAGACAACAGUGAUGAAGAUGAAGUGGAGGAAAAAGAGGAGGUGAAAAAGAGGAAGCAGAAGGGAAAGCUUGUGUGGGACAGUUCAUCCAUCACAUACUGACCCAAUAUGCACACGCAUUAUCAACAAAACCUGCACUUCUGAACAAACACUCUUAACAUGAUUCUCUCUUUCUCUCUCUAAUCUUCUAUCUUUAUCAAACAGAACACACACACUAAUACACACACACACACACACACACACACACACACACACACACACACACACACACACACACACACCCGUCAUGCAGACACCUUUGCAAGCUCACCACAAGUACAUAAACACAUGCACAAAGCUCUGAAAAAAAUCUUUACAAUCGGUUGCUGGAAAAAAAAAAAAAACAUUCUGAAACUUCUCACGUCGUCAUUAUUUAGUAAAUGUCUCCCUCUGCUGGACAGGUCAGAACUACAGAAUCAUCUGCAGUCCAACAGUGCUGGCAAACAUUUUGUCUGUACAUCCAUUAUUAUCCAUAUCACAGUCAAUAAAAUAAAAUAAUUAUAUAUGGUAGAUGUGAAAGAAGCACAGUUUCUAAGUUCAUGUGCAGAAUUGGCUGAAACUUAGCGAAUACAUUUCAAUUCUCUCAGUUUCUCACAUUGACUCAAAGACGUGAACUUUUAGCUGAACCUUUAUACACAUGUCCUCAGAUUACUUUUGUAUUUUUUUAUUUUCAAACAAAGAUCUGCAAUAUGAGGAGUUACUGAAAAAAAUAGCAUCUAUACACAUAUUUAUUAGUUAAUGUAUUCAUACACUAAUUCUUCAGCCUAUAAAGUAAAGUAGGUGUAACAUAACUGUACUUUCACUCAGUGUGUGUCCUCUACUGUCAUCUCUCUCGUCCGGAGUUUCUCCAUGUAUCACAGUGCGUAACUUCUAUUGCCUGGACAUUGAAGAGAUAUGUUAUAGAUCUGUUGUCUCUUGUCAUAAACCUUUCACAUUAGUCUAGAUUUAUGUACCAAUCAGGUAAAUUAACCGUUUAAUAUUGUUCAUCUUUGGUCCCUCAAAAGUAUUUUAAAGCUAAUAUGAUCGCUGCUCCAUAAGCCAAUGAACUAAUUAAAAAAAGUUCAUUAUUGUUCAAAUACUUUUGAGACACAACAUCUGCACAACAUCUGUCUGUGUAGCACAUCAAUCCAUACUGUGGCCUAUUGUAGCCUGCACUGUUUCAGGUCUGAUCAGUUAUCUUUAUUAAUUUUCAACAGAUGAAGUCAUACAAACAUGUUGCUGAAAGCAUAUCUCAUAUUUUCUUUGUUUUGUUUUUUUUCCGUCACAGUAAAUGUAGUCCUCUUUAAGAAAAGACAUAAACAAGGGUAGUCAAGAGAUUUCAUUGUUUUAAUACAUUUGACUCACUUAAGAGUGGCAUGUUUCUCAAAGGUGUAAUAAAAAAGUAACACAGGGAGAUAUAUUUUAGUUAUAUCUACCAAAAACACUGCAUCCUACUCUUCUCCUCAUGCAAUUCUCGCCUCUUUGAAACAAGGCCUGUGGGCUGGUUUGACAGAGAUUGAAACAGACUUUGACUACAAUCUUAUUAUAGGGCUUUCACACUUGCAGAAAUCGCCUGAAAAACUCAGGAUAUUUCCCGGUGGAGCUGUGUAUGUGAACGCAAACAGCCAAAUCUUUCACUCAGACUUCACCUGUAGUUUCUCCUGACAGUCAGACUGAAGACAGACACCUAAAGCUGUGUGGUUCUUUAGCAUCUUAAGAUGAAUUUGCUUUGAAUUCUAGGAAAAUAAAGACUCAACAUAAAACAUUGCACCUGUUAGAACUGGUCUGUUGAGUUCAGCUCCACAGUAAAUUUUACAUAAUCAAUAAAAACUCCAGGGGCUUGAUGACAUCAUCAUGCACUGCUACUCUGACAAGUGAACUGACCUUCUUGUGUCAUAUUGGCGGAGUGACCCUUUAAAGAAAGGUGAGGACUCACAGAGCUGCAUCUCGGAAUAAAGAAGCAGAGUGGUGGUCUAUUUCCCCUGUGUUAGAAAGUCAUGAAGAUGAAUAAUAAAUCAUCCAUUUAUAAUAAAUAAACCUUGAACCAUCUGAAUUGCAGAUUGAAUUGAACUUGUUCAAGAGUUAGUCCACAUUCAAAUGACAUAAAUGUAACUCCACGUCCCCUUUUCAACUCAGAGAAAUCUCCUCUCACCUGUUCAUAUCCAUACAGCAUCAGUGACUGAUACGUCUCCCGUUCACCUUCUCCCCCUCCCUCUGUUGACCUUUGACCUCCUGUGAUUGUGAUGUCAUCAUUGUGAAACAACUGCCUCGUUUCCCUCGUCAACCUUUGUCAUAUUGUGCUUCAGAAAGUUUAAAGAGAAAAAAGAUUCUUUUACAUAUAAAAACAAACCCUGUAAAAAUGUUCAAGACAGUUAUUUUAUAUAUCCGUUUCUUUUUCUUUUUGUAAACAAAACAGUUGGGAUAUCCCUUUCUUUAGUGGUCAUCCCACUGCUCUCUGUAUAUUGACCAAUAAAGACUUGUUUUAGACUCUA